AUGGAACCCUUCCACCUCACGGCCACCGGCUACAAUCUCAACUAUCUGCCCGAGUACAUCGCCCUCCGACACGGCUUCUUCCGUGAACAGGGCCUCGAUGUCAGCGUGAACAUCCCCACGCCAUGGGACGGCGUGCUGGACGCCCUGGCCGACGGGACAGCCGACAUGGCGCUGGGCGGCAUCUGGGUGCCGUCCAUGUACCGAGACCGAGUGCAGCACUACACGGUAUUUGCGCAGAUCGCCAACCGGUGUCCGUUGGCGGUCCUGCGCCGGGGCCCUGACGGCGCCGAGGGCUUCCAGCUGGGCGACAUGGUUGGGAAAACCGUGCUGAUGAAGUCGGGCGGCGGCGCCAGCGUGGGCCUGUUCUUCAAGAUGUUGUUGCGUGAGCAUGGCCUGGACCCGCGCACGAUCGACUACAUCCAGGAUCUUGACGGCGUGAUGCUGGGGAAUCUGUUUGAGGGCGGCAUGGGCGAUUACUACGUUACCGAUUACCUCUCAGCGCUGGCCAUGGCGGCGCGCAACACGGAGGUCUCGAUCGCCAUGGAGAUGGUGACGCAGGGCGACAUCCCCUGGAGCGUGUAUUACCGCGAGACGGCGACCAUCACGCCGGCGAUUCGCGAUGCGCAGCGGCGCUUCUGCGUCGCCCUGGGCCAGGGGAUCGAUUGGGUGCUCGAACACGACGCCGAAUCGUUCCGUGACGAGCUCGCCGAGCUGUUCCCUAAUGUGCCCGUGGAAACGGUGGUCAGCGUCACCAACUCGUUUCGUCGCAACGGCAUGUGGACCAGCACAUCUGUGCCUCGCGCUGCAUUUGACCGCUGGCAGCAGGGGCUUUGUGAUGCGAGACUGGUCAAGGAGCCUUUGGCAUACGAGACGAUAGUCGACAAUGGGCCUGCAGCUGCUCAGAGAUAG